AAGAGAACGGCCAUAUUUUUUUCUGACUGAGAUCCACGGAUUUUUACUACACAAUUUCGGAGUUUUCUCAUUGUUUUAACCGUCCACCAUGGCAUGGUUUGUAGUGUUAGUGUCGGCAAUUUUAACAACGUGUGUUUCUUCUGUGGUAUUGGAAUCAUACGAGCCAGCAUAUAUUCAAGAUGCUAACCCCUCCUUUAUGUGCUUGCCCAAAAACGUCAGUGAUGUCUCGGGGAGGGUCUACUCACACAUGAACGUAGAAAGUGUUCCGUACACGGGUAACAAGGACUGUACAUUUACAAUCAACACACAGCCCGGACGGCGCAUCAACAUACGCUUCGACUAUUUUGACCUGGCGCCUGGAUUUGACAGGGCGCACAACCAAUGCCGCUCUGAUGCUGACAGGUUCAUGGUCUAUGAGUCAGGCAACAUCUACGUGAUCAAGAAUGAAAUACUCCAGCCAGAGAUGACAUACUGCGGAGGCACAGGCAUCUUCCCAAAAGACUACCAGUCCUACAGCAAUGUGGUGACCAUUCGAUUCCUUACAGAUGGCAUCAGCUCAGCGGAUGCUGGUGUCAAACUAGUCUACACCUCGUACAAGCCCCCACAGGAGGGCUCAGAUGACUGUUUCCGUUGCGUUGACAACAGUAUGUGCAUCGAUGAAGCACUGACAUGUAAUGGUGUCCCUAACUGUAAUGACGACUCAGAUGAAGCUCAUGCAUUGUGCAUGGCAGAACCAAGUAACUUCAUUGAGAUCGGGAUAGAGAGAUUAGGCCUUGGUGUCGUGGCAACAAUCGGUGGUGCCAUAGGCCUUCUCAUCCUAAUCAUCUUCAUCACCUGCAUCGCGUGUUGCUGCUGCUGCCGGAAAGGUGGAGACGACGACUCCAAGCAGUACCGAACACCCCCAACUCCUCGGCCAGGUUCCUACCCAUCCCACAACUCCAAUUACUCUUCAUACUCGUCCUCUGCCUCGACGACAAACGGCAUGCCUGGGGGGAUGCAUCCCAUGCCGGGACUACACAGCCGGAUGUAUGAAGGCCUGCACGGGAUGAAUGGCAGCGCCGCUGAUCGCAGCAUGAACGGCAGCAUGAACGGCAUGAACGGCAUGGGGUCCCUCCCCCACCAGCACUCUCACCAGCACCUGCCGCAGCAGGGCUACACACACCCACACCAGCACAGUAUGAAUGGGAUCAAUAGGGGGUCGCCGUACCCCAACUAUCCGCCCAUGUACCCCUCACUGCAGAACGGCGGAUACAGCGUGGCGUACAACCACGACAACGGGCGUAUGGAGUUCCCCCACAAGGUCUAGAGGGUGGAGGGGGUAGAGGAAAGAAACCUUUCAAUUAAAAUUGAUCGUACAAAUAAAGGGAUCAAGCAUUUAAGCGCUCUGCCUAUAGGAUGCCAUACAGGGUAUUUAUUACUUAUUAUCAAAUGUCAUCUUUAUUUCUGUUCUCCUGCCUACAAGCUAUCCCCCCGAUCACAAGUUGAAAGUUUAUCCACAAACGGUUAAACAGGUCUUUCAAAAAUUGAUACAGUCAGACAAUGUUGUCUUUACUUCAGGAUUAAGUCCAUUUGCAAUUUUCAGAAUCCACAUUCUUAUGGAUGCCGUGCGGAAACUAAUGCAAAACAAUCAACAGGGAACCAACCAAAGCAUACAAUACAUUGUAUUUUGGCUUGGUAUCUUGUUUUCUGUUGACCAUAACUAUUGCCGACGCUUUGUAAGCCCAUACAAAAUUGUAACGCAACUUUGGUCUAUUACUAGAUUGUCUCUAGUUUAUCUCCUCAGCCCUUGUAGUUUCACUCCACUGAAAUAUUUUUAAUUUGUUGUUUUUGUACGGUGUGUUAUCCUACUGACACUUUCUCGAAAUGUGUUCAUCAAUAGUUUCUGUAAAUCUCGCACAAAAAAAUCUCAUAAAUAUUUAGAAUAUUAUGAAACAGAUCGGUGAACAAAAGAUGCACAAAUAAUGAUUCCAAACCAUAACCUGCACUGAAUAAGCUUCUUUUAAAGGAACACAUUGCCUUGGAUCGGUCGAGUUGUUCUUUGAAAAGUGUUCUGUAACCGUUUGUUAUCAA